UCCGUCACAAAGUCCCUAAAGUGACACUUUCACUCACUAGUUUCACAACUUUCGCAACAACAUAACCUAAACGUCAUACCAUCUGGUCUUGCGGACAAGCGCAAACUUUUGAAUAAAAAUGGAACAGAAAACCUCUGACGUGCAUUUACGGGCUAUGCUGAAUAGUCCGGCCCGGUUUGCAACCCCCGUGCCGUCUGUUCCAACCCCGGAUUGGUCCGCAAGUCCGGCAAUUCUCCCCUCGCCACAGACCCCUGGUAAGAGUAACAUGAUUGUGGCAACCCCGGGUUCCGCCGCCGGAGAACCGCUUACAAACAUCACAAUACAAAACUGCGUCACCACUGUGGACCUUAACACACGACUCGAUUUGGCCCUAAUCAACGCUAGAACCAGAAACUCGGAGUACAACCCAUCGCGGUUCCACGGGCUAAUUAUGCGGUUACGGGACCCACGCACCACAGCCCUCAUUUUUCAGACCGGCAAAAUCGUGUGCACGGGGGCGAAAAGCGAGCACGACGCGCUUUUAGGGUCCAAGAAAUUCGCCAGAAUUAUACAAAAACUAGGGUUUAAUAUCAAGUUCGAAAAUUUCAAAAUUCAGAAUUUGGUGGCGACGUGCGACCUCAGGUUUCCCAUUAAAUUGGAAAGUUUGAGUCUGCUGCAUGGACAAUUCUGCAGCUACGAGCCUGAGCUUUUCCCAGGGAUUAUUUACAGGAUGAUCAAGCCGCAUUUGUGUUUGUUGAUUUUUGUUAACGGUAAAAUUGUGUUCACGGGGUCCAAGUCGCGGGAUGCUAUUAAGGAAUCUCUGGAUAAUAUAUAUCCGAUUUUGCGGAGUUUUAAGAAAAACUAAGUUGGAAGGGUGUCCAGCUUUUGUAUUUAUGUUUCUAAUGUUUUUAUUGUCCUUGUUUAUUGUGGGAAUGUAUUGCGAUUAAGGUACGAGAUUUUCGUGGUUGAGCCAUGUCUGCUGUAUAUUUUUCUUAUUUUGCUUUACUUGCAAUAUGAGCCUAUUUUUAUUUUCAUUGUUUAUAUAACUUAUUUAUUGUCGGAAAAUACGAAUAAAAAAAUCAGAUCGA